UUCCCAAUCCUCUCCCUAUCCUCACCACACGACGCGACACUCGCUUGCUCCGGUCUCCAGAACUCUCGCCAUGCUUCCAGCCCUCGCCGCCACCUCACCGACGAAGCACGCCUCUCCCGCAGUCUCCAGCCUCGGGUGCUACCACCGUCACCACCACGGUGUCCUCCUGCACCUCCGCCGCCUCCCUUCUUUAGCCGCCGCCGGCCGCUCUCGCGGUCGCCUCCUGGCCAGCGCAUUCGCCUCCGCUGAUGGUGGCGCUGGACAGGAUGUUGGUAGUUCUGAGAGCACCGCAAGCUCAGGAUCUGCAUAUGUUGGUCUCUUUGUUCGAAUGCUUGGCUUGGACAAUGACGCCCUUGACAGGGAACAUGCUAUUUGCACACUCCGGCAUUACUCCCUUGGUGGGCAGAAGUGCAUCGAUGAGAUCAUGCAGUUCCCAGGUUGUAUCACCCUCAUCAUCGGCCUCCUGAAGUCAGAGUCCAUUCGUGCUUGUGAAGCAGCAGCAGGCCUUUUGCAUAAUAUAACUUCAGUGAAGUUAUAUAGAGAUGUGGCAAUUGAGAGUGGAGCAAUGGAAGAAAUAUUUAGCCGGCUCCUUAAAUCUACGAUAACCCCAGAGAUAAAGGAGCAGUGUCUGUGUACCAUUUGGAACUUCUCCACUGAUGAAAAUCUGCGGUACAAGAUUUUAGGGAGUGAUAUGCUAAUACCGAUUGUAAGGUUCCUAGAUGAUGAAGAUAUAAAAGUCAAAGAGGCUGCUUCUGGUAUCAUAUCAAAUUUAACUUUAAGUCACCCUUAUCAUGGAGAUCUGGUCGAAGCAGGCGUAAUUCCGAAACUGGUUCAUCUUUUGCAAACCAAAGAAGAUGAUUAUAAAAUUGUCAGAAAGGAAGCUAGAAGUUCCUUAUUGGAACUAUCCGCGGAUGAUAAUUACCAUGCCCUUAUAGUAGAGGAGGGUCUAGUCCGGGUUCCUCUGGUAGGCUCUUCUGCAUAUAAAGCCUUCAGAUCUCAACCUCAUUCAUGGCCCUCUUUUCCUGACGGUUCUGAAAUUCAGCGGAGCUCUCGGCCUUCAAAAUAUGGUGCAACCGAGUUGCUUCUUGGCCUGAGUGUCAGUGAGAAGAAAACUGAACCAGAUGAAGCUAAAGUUAACGCUAUGAUAGGGCGUUCUAAUCAACAAUUUCUUGCACGUGUUGGAGCUAUUGAGUUGGACAAUGAAGGGAAAGGACAAUCUGAAACUCAAAGGAAUGAUCUCUAUACCAUCUUACCAUGGGUAGAUGGUGUUGCACGGCUAGUUUUAAUCAUUGGUCUUGAAGAUGUCUCUGCAAUUGCAAAGGCUGCUAAUGCAAUUGGUAAUGCAUCAGUAAAUGAACACAUGCGCACUUCAUUCAAGGAAGCUGGGGCGGUUAAACCUUUACUUCAGUUGCUGGUGCAUAGUGAUCUACCUGUUAGAGAAGCAACUGCUUAUGCAUUGGAAAAACUAAGUGUCAGUUCCAAAGUUUGUGAGAAGAUCAGAGGAGAAGCUGGUCUAGAAUUGCUUGCAAAUGUAGUGAAGGAUCCAGAUACGCCAGUAGAACAACUGGAGAAGAUGAUCGAUAUACUUCGUCGAGUACUCAAUAUGGAGACCAGUAUGAUUGCUGAGCCAGAUCACAGUGCUAGUACUGGAUCUGAGGAUACAGUGAAUGAUGAAAAGCGCAGUCAAGGUAAUGUAGAUGGUGGGAUCAGUGGAACAUUUUACAAAUCAUUGAAACAAGACGAGAUGGCUAGCGAGUCAAUCUUUGACUUUGACGUCAUCUCACGCUUAACCAAAGUUCUAAAGGAAUCAUCUCCAAGCUUGCAAGCAAAAUGUGCUACUGUCCUGGAGCAUUUAGCAGUUUCUGAGCAACAUGCCACUGCCAUGACUGCUUCUUGCACUGCGUCAGUGAUUGAAACUGUUCUGGAAAUGGGGGUUAUUAGUGGAACAAUAGGUGGUCCCGAAAAUCUUGACGAGCCUCCGACUCUUGUGAUUGAAGUCAGUCAGGCUGUGGCUGCAACUCUGAGGUUACUGACGAAGUUAUUGAACUUUGAUAUUUUUGUUCUCAGCAUAAAUACUGUGAAAAUUGUUAUUCUGUUAAGAAGCGUGCUCAAGUCCAAUAUCCCCCUACAAUCAAAGGAUUGGAUCACAGAAUGCCUCGUUAAGCUAGAAUCAAGGGAUGGCUUGGUUGAUCGGAGUUUUGGUGGUAUAGGCAUGGAGAUAACUAUCUACCACACUAUUCCCAGGCUAGUUGAGCAGCUGAUGACCUCAUUUUCUUUUGAAAAGAAAAGAAAAGCUGUAAUAGAGCUGAACAGGAUAAUAUCUGGAGGUGUGAUGGAAUACACAAGAGCGGUUGCCACAGCUGGAGGUAUAUUUCCACUGGUGAAAAUGCUUGAAGAGAGUGAAGGGGAUGUAUUGGAAGCUAGUCUCGCUGUCUUGUAUAAUCUAAGCAUGGAUCCAGAGAAUCACCCAGCAAUAAUUGCUGCUGGAGCAGUGCCUCUGUUGAAGCGGAUUGUGCAUGUGGAAAGCCCACACUGGAAUCACGCUCUUCAGUUGCUGCGGGCAUUGCCCGUAUGACAUCACAGGCAGGAAAUGACCAUUUGCUCUCAAUACGUGUUAAACUGCGCUGACAGUUACUGUGUUAGAUGGAGAUCACAGCUGACAACUGAAAGAUCAGGAAUUUCGUGAGAGGGAGUUCUCUUGGUGCCAGAGGUUAUUGAGACUAGAGGAGUUCUUAAAUCCCAGCGCCUGAACAACGGUCCCAGCCAUUUCAUGCUAGUGCCGAUCUAUUUAGUGCCCGAGGCCAGUGUAGGGUGCAUACUCCAGCAAUGAACAUAUUUUCCGCUGGUAUUUAGGUUAAUGAUAUCAAUUUUAUGUGAGAGAAAAUAUAUAUGCUAAUGGAAUAAAGGUUGGUCAAAGCCUUAUCCAAUCAAAA